UACCUGACCAAUUUUGAAUUCUUUUAGUUUUCUGGGAUAUUUAAGCUGCUGCAUAUAUCACGAUGAAUCAUUCUGUUCCUGAUUUUGAUAUGGAUGAUGACUUUUCUAUUCCUACUUCUUCUGGUCUUACCAGAACUAAGAAAUCCGCAAUGGCGGAAGAGGAAAUCAUGGAACUACUGUGGCAAAAUGGUCAAGUGGUUAUGCAGAGUCAAAAUCAAAGAUCUCUUAAGAAAUCUCACAUCGGCAACGGCAGUGGAGGCGGUGGUGAUGCGGUUAUUCCCUCCGACCAAGCUGCCGGUAGAGAGAUCCGUCAUGUAGAGGAAAUUACUCCACAGCAUCUGUUUAUGCAGGAGGAUGAGAUGGCCUCAUGGCUUCACUACCCACUCGAUAACCCCUCCUUCGAACGUGAUCUCUACUCCGAUCUCUUAUAUCCCACGCCGAGUUCUACCGUAAACACCGCCGCGCUGCAGCGAGAAAGCCGUAUGUCUACGUUGGAGAUCCGUCCACCUCCGCCACAACCAUCGUCGGCAGCGCCGGUCGCAACGGCUCGUCGGCCGCCUAUACCUCCUCCUAGACGCUCCGUUACAGAUAGUUCAAAUCGGUUCCAGAACUUUGGACACUUCUCGCGAUUGCCUAGAGCAAGGUUAGAACCUGCUCCGGCAAAUUUGACCAAGUCACUGACAGAUUCAACGGUGGUGGAUUCAAAUGAAACUCCAAUUGCAGGACAGGAAUCUAGAGUUUCACACGUAGCCGAUAAUGUAGUACCAGUUCCUGGCGGAAAUGUAGGAUGUAGUACUAUAAAAAGCACCGGAACUGCGAUUACGUCAACGGCAAUUAGGGAACCGGUGACUACAUGUGAGAUUUCGAUGACGUCAUCUCCGGGUGGCUCAGGAGAUAGUGUAAGCGCCAGUGCCGAACCAUCAGCACCAGCACCGUCGCAUAAGGCCUCGGCGGCACCAACGGCAACGGAAGCAGCAGCGGAUGAUCGGAAACGGAAAGGAAGAGAAACGGACGACGAAGGUCAGAAUGAGGAUGCUGAAUUUGGGUCUCCUGAUACAAAAAAGCAAGCACGCGGUUCAACAUCUACAAAGCGAUCUCGUGCUGCGGAGGUCCAUAAUCUUUCCGAAAGGAGACGUAGAGACAGAAUAAAUGAGAAGAUGAAGGCCCUGCAGGAACUCAUACCACGCUGUAACAAGACGGACAAAGCUUCAAUGCUUGAUGAGGCAAUUGAGUAUUUGAAAUCACUGCAAUUGCAAGUGCAGAUGAUGUCCAUGGGAUGUGGCAUGGUCCCGAUGAUGUAUCCUGGAAUGCAGCCGUACAUGCCGCCUAUGGGAAUGGGCAUGGGUGUGGUGAUGGGUAUGGAGAUUGGCAUGAACAGGCCAAUGGUGCCAUAUCCACCUCUAUUACCAGGUGCAGCGAUGCAGAAUGCAGCUGCAGCAGCACAAAUGGGUCCUAGAUUUCCUAUCCCACCAUUUCAUUUGCCACCAGUUCCAGUACCACAUCCAUCCAGAAUGCAAGCCUCAGGUCAGCCAGAUCCAAUUCUAAAUCCACUUGUUGCACAUAAUUCGAACCAGCCAAGACUUCCGAAUUUUAAUGAUCCAUAUCAGCAGAUUUUUGGUCUCCAGCAGGCGCAAGUCGCAUUACCGCAGAAUCAGCCAGUAGAACAGCCCAGUAACAAUAAAUCCGGCAGCAGCAAAGAAGUUUGAAAUCCAGGGAAUCAUCAAUCUGGUUGAUUAGCUGGAGGCCAGAACGUUUGAAGAUUCCAUAAACUAAAUUUUGUAGCGUAAGAGGAACAUCAAGUGCAGGUUGAUACAAAUAUAGCAUCACUAACUUGUAAUUAUUACUAGAAUAUCCAUUUUGCUUUUACAUAUUGUGGCCCUGAAAUCUCAUUUCCAUUUGGCAUAUCUGGAUAUAAUUUGAGGUCAUCGUUCAACGGCAUAAGUGAUCUUGAAGAGAUUUUAAGUAUUUCCCGGCUUAUGAUUCUUCUUACCCCCAAA